UAUUUCUUAUAUAUCUGGCAAUAGUACAACUAUAAAUCAUCAAAAAGCUUUACAAUUAUUUUUAAAAUCUGCUACUAAAGGAUCUAGUUUAGAAAAAUAUUAUAUUGGUGAUUGUUAUUAUUAUGGUUAUAGAGUUAUUAAGAAUCUUUCUUAUUCAUUUAAUUG